CCUCCCCUCAACAACUUGACCAUGACUCUCGUCCCAGUAGCUCUCGAAAGCGCCACCGCGCAUAAUUCAUGCCAAUUAUUAUUCCCCUCCCGACGAGGCGAUUAUCUCAUCCAGGUAUCCUGGCCUCUUUGUUGGAAUGAUCGCGCUCCAGUAAACGACGAUGCGGUCGUCUCCACUGUGUAUAUCGUCGAUGGAAAUGCGUACUUUUUUACGGCGACAGAUAUCGCAAGGAGAUUGGAGUUUACGCAUCAGACGAGAGCUGUGAUCGUAGCUGUUGGGUAUCCUAACAAGACUGGUAUUUUUGACAAGCGGAGGAAUGGAGACUUGACACCGGAGUCUGGGGAUGGGGUUUAUGAUAUCCCCCCCGGGCCGGAUGGGAAACCAUCGCUUGGUCCUUUUGGCGGCGCGUCGGACUUUCUAAAUAUCAUCAAGAAUAACAUCCAGCCGUAUAUCGAAAACACGCUCUUCCCGAAUGCAUCUCUGGGAACAGGUCCCAAAGCGCUCUUCGGUCAUUCUUACGGCGGUCUCUUCACCCUCAACGCGCUGUUCACGAAGCCAGAGUCUUUCGACACAUUCAUCGCUGCAAGUCCGUCCAUCUGGUUCAACAAUUGCAGUAUUGUUCGCGACCAGGAACAGCGCUUCGAUGAGCGCAGCCCUCUGAUUGGACACGCGCCAAGAUUGCUGAUCAUGUUUGGUGGAGCGGAACAGACGCUGAUCCAAUUGCCUGGUGAGUCGGAUGAGAAGUUUGAGAAGAAACAAAAGGGCGCGAUGCAGCGAAAGAUGAGGGACAAUGCCCUGGCGUUGGUGGCGAGGAUGCAAGAGUCGCGUCAUUUGAGAAAUGUCUGGUGCUGGGAGUUUGAGGGUGAGGAUCAUGGUUGCGCAGCACCGUGUGCGUUGCAGAGAGGGCUGUUGAGGUUUCUCAUGGAUCAACGUGCGGGGCAGUAAGUUCAGAGUAUAUUUAUUCUAUCUCUAUCAAACAUCAAAUGGUACUAAAGCAUCGCGAGUAGGUAGCAGAAUUGAAAAAGCAAUCAGGUCUAUCGAGGUGUUCUCCGGGGGUCGCCGUCUUGUAUCGACUUGUCUCUGCGACGUGUCAUUUUGAUCCUCUCUUCUUUGUCGCUCUUCUUUGAGGUGUCUUUGUCUUGGUAACACGCCCGGCACCCUUCUUUGUUGGCUUCUGGAUAGCCCGCCAGUUGAACUUGGCGGGGUCAAAGGGCGGGCGAUGCAUCAUGGGUUGGACCGGGCUAUCGUAGAUGAGCAUGGGCAGGGAGGGGCCGUACAUCUGAGGUCUGGGCCGGAGGCGAUCGUAAACGUCGUCCUUUCUCCAUGCGACAAGGUUAUGUUUUCGCAUACGCGGCACCGUCUCGUCGGCUUUCCUGUCGAAGCAGUCGAGUAUGUCCUGAAAGCAUUUGAGGUCCCACGCCGCCAUGCUCUCGAAGCUCCAACGGGGUUUGAGGCCACUCUCUGGACCAAAGAUGUGCGGGAUGGUCCAGGCGAAACUGAAGUCUACCAGCUUCCCGUCCAGGUACUGCUGCAUCUUGAGAUCUCGCACCACAAUGCCUGACUUGUGCAGCCCGUGAAGAUUGCGGAGGAGUUGGGGCAGGGAGCGCAUCUGUUUCUCGGUCAACACACAUGGCAUUGCCUGGGUUUCUGCAUGAGGUAUCCAUUCUUUGACAAUAGCCAUGAGCGGUGUCUUGAGGUCGUAGUGUUGGAACAUGGACUGGAUCAUGUCUGCAGUGGUGGGAUCAUUCUUUCCCUGGUUGAUGAGACACGGGCGCUCGUAUUUUUCCAGGAAAGGGAGGAAUUUCUGCUGCACCCUUUCAUCAUCAAGAUUAAACUCGACGUAACCAUAGGCUUUGAUGGCAAGAUGUUCUCGAUCUAGCUCCUUCAGUCUCCCAAAGACACGGCAUUCGUUAUAGAAGGAGGUCGCGUGGAGCCGAAGACUAUCAAUGGUCGACUGGGAUAUUUCAUCAUUUGCCACAGGAGGCUCGAUUUCCCAGUCGUAGGGGUCGGUUUCGGGGUGCUUGUCGAAGGCUGAAAAGAAGAUCCAUGGCUCCUUUGUUGGCAAAUCGGAGAACUAAAUCAUGGUUAGACGGCAAAGAAAUGUAGCCUGGGUAUUGAUCGGACGAAGCACUUACUAUCUUGAUGGCAUAGACUUCUCCAUGAAUCUCGGCCUUCCAGACUUGCGCAUGAGCUCCAGAGCCUGAGAAUCCUAGAAUCCUAAAGUCGUCGGUAGUAAUAUCGUCGAGGAAGCAUUCGAGCUUGGGACCUUCACAGUCCGGAAGCGGUCUUGAACGUGGCAUUUUGCAGCAGUGUGUGUUGUUUCAGAGAAUUGAGCAAGAGAUUGCAGGUAAUUGUUCGAUUGAAUUAACGUGACGAGAAGAGACGGGGGUCGUUUUAUAUGUUUCGCUCUGUCUGCUAAAACAUUGAGUGUCAGCAACGGUGCAUCAAUUGUUGAGGAGCGAGAGUCUGCGAACCUUGCGGUAUUCGACAAAGAAGACAAUUCCAGGAGUAGCGCUGCAAUUCUCAAAGAGGAGAGACUGGGGGCUGUUCCGUGACCAUCAAAGGGGAGCAACUGAAAGAGGGAUAUGCCAGAAAUAGCACAGCUGUUCACACAAAGGGAGCGUCAGCGAACAGUUCUGAAGUGUGUUGAUGUCGAUGAAGAGAGAGAGAGGACCCAGGAACAGCACCGCCAUAGCCAAACGGUGGACUCUGCAGGCAAAACAGCACCCGCAAUUGAUGAAAGAGGAUAGCCCAGGAACCGUGUAGGAAUAUCCAGAGAGGAGGGCGGAGGGGGGGAAUCUGCCAGUCGCGCGAUAACUCUGGAAAGGGGGCUGGCGGCAACACGGCCAGAAGGCUAAUCCCCAAGAAUAAGCAAAAUAUGACAGAUUCCUGUCAUGGUUGUGUGCCCAAGCAAAAUGAGGGAUUGAUCAUUGCCCUCUCUCCCGUUUGUCCCGUGUCCCGUUUGCCGUUUG